AUGAUUAUCAGCAUUAGCGCGCCGACGAAGCUGGAAUCGAGCGAGAAGACGGUGGGGGCGUCCAUCGUGACUCCUGGCGAGCUCAUAACAGACGAUCCCACGUGGAUGAGGGGCCAUGGAACGUAUUUUUUGAACGACAAAACGUACUCUUCAGUGGCGGGCAGUGUUUUGAAAGUGAAUAAGCUUCUAAGCGUGGUGCCGUUUAAAGGUCGGUACUCGCCAGAAACAGGAGACCAUCUUGUUGGCCGGAUCGUGGAAGUUGGCCAAAAACGGUGGAAAGUGGAUAUUGGUGGAGAACACGACGCAGUGCUCAUGCUCGGGUCGGUUAACCUGCCCGGCGGUAUACUUCGACGCAAGUCCGAGAGCGACGAGCUGCAGAUGCGCAGUUUUUUGAAAGAAGGCGAUCUUCUCAAUGCGGAGGUGCAGUCAUUAUUUUCCGAUGGUAGUGCGUCCUUGCAUACACGUUCAUUGAAAUAUGGCAAACUCCGAAACGGGGUGUUUGUUCGCGUUCCUGCAAAUUUGAUUGUGCGAGCUAAAAACCAUUCUCAUAACCUCCCGGGGAACGUGAGCGUGAUUCUCGGAGUGAAUGGUUAUUGCUGGAUCUACAAGUCGUCUUCUGCUGCAUCCAGCGCCGAUCACUCGGCCUCGACGAAUAGGACGGCGGCUGAAAUGUCGUCUUCUGCAUCGGGAAAAUAUCAACCGGGACAGGGAAGCGUGUCAAUUACCAGACUGGAACAGGAAUCGUCGUGGGACAUCUACAGUGACAAAAACGACAAGUUGUCAACAAACAUCAAGGACACCAUCUCCAGAUACAAGAACUGCUUGUUGAGCUUGAGUCAGUGCAACAUUGGAAUUAAUGAGGUCAGAUUAGUUAGGGCGUACGAAAUCAGUCUUGGCUACGGUGACACUAAUAUACUGGUGAGAGAAGAUAUACGCAAAUCUAUUGGCGAGCAGGUGAUUUUUCAAGAAAAAAUGCGUGGCACUGGAUAA